GCGAGGGGGCGGGGAUUGGGAGGAGCCAAUGGGGUGGAGGGGCGUGGCCUAUUGGGCGUGGCCUGAGGAGGGGGUUGGGUGGAACAUGUGGGCCUGGGAAGGGUCCAGGGAGAGGCAUCUCAGAGAUUGAGUUUGUGUAACUAGGGUGCGGAGCCUUCAGAGGGGCGGGGCCUCCGAGAGAAAUGCUGGGGCUGUGAACUUGGGUAGAAGGUUGGAAAGGAGACUCCGACAGACGAAAGUGGGGGUUAUGAUGGGACACCCACGUUGGGAUGGGGGAAGAUGAUUCUGCAAGGGUCUGAAUGAUGCAUCUCGAAUGGCCAAGGGAGGAUUUUGGGGGAGAAAUAACAGCUCCAGGUGAUUUUGGAACCUCCCCCAGGUUCCCCUACUGAAGACUGGAGAGUAACUGAGGACAUUCAUUCACUCAACAAACAUUUACUGAGCUUCUCCUUGCGCUCGGUAGAUAAAGAGGUGAACCAGACAGAUAAGGACUUUAUUUUCUUGGACUUGCAGUCUAGGAGGGGAGAUAGACAAUAAAGGAGAUUUAUCGUGUUAUGUUCUAUGAGAGAAUUAAAGAGUGAGCUGAUAGAGGCGGGUAGAGGGAACUAAAUUUAGACGACAGCAGUCAGCUGUGUGCCGGCUUACAGUUACACAGGGGUCAGUGAGAUAAACAGGAGCCAGGUCAUGAUGGAUAUUAUGAUGCCGGUUUUGGAUUUUAAGCGCCAUUGGAGCUUUGAGAGGGUUUUGAGUGGGAAAGUGGCCUGAUCUGACUUCCAUUUUCUAAAGGUCAUUCAGGCUGCCUCGGGGAGGUGGGAUAUACGGGAGCAGGCUAGGAACAGAGGUUCUGUUCAGGAGGCUUUUUCAGUUGUCGAGGUGAGAGUGAUUGGCUUUUAACGGGGUAGAGGAGAGAAAUGGCUGGGCCCAUGAUGUAUUUUGGACUGGAGGGGAAGUUGAUGGGCGUAGGCAGAAGCCUGGAGGAUGGAGAACGGGAUUUAGAACUUGAGGGGCCCAGUAGGCUACAAAGGAGUGGAUGUUUCUGUAAGUGUGGGCAUGCUGGGGAGGCCUUGAGACAGGGUCCACAGGCUCCUCUUUCUUCUCCCCUCACCCAGGUCCUGGUGCCUGAUGAUGGCCACCCCACCACACCCCCGAGUGACCUCAUCGAGAUCCAGGUGGUGAAGGUGACAGACACCACGCUGGUGCCUGAGCCCCCAGAGCCAGGUUCUCUUCACUGUGCCUUGUGCCCAGCUGCCUUCCGGCUGGUCUCUGAGCUGCUGUUCCAUGAACAUGGCCACCUGGCCCAGGCGGAGGGUGGCAGGCAGGGUGGGGACCCCAGUCGGUGUCAUGUGUGUGGCCACAGCUGUCCGGGCCCCGCCAGCCUCCGUGCCCACUACAGCCUGCACACCGGAGAGCGGCCCUACCGCUGCGCUCUCUGCCCCCGGGCCUUCAAGGCCCUGGCGCCUCUGCUGCGGCACCAGCACCGACACGGGGUGGAGCCGGGGACCUCACAGAGGCCCCCAGAGGCGGCCGCGGCGCGGGACCCGAGGCCCGGGGUGCCCCAGGAGAGGUCGGAGGUGGUGAUGGCGGCGGCGGCGGCGGGCGCGGCCGUGGGGAAGCCGUUCGCCUGCAGGUUCUGCGCCAAGCCGUUCCGCCGAUCGUCGGACAUGCGAGACCACGAGCGGGUGCACACGGGCGAGCGGCCCUACCACUGCGGCGUCUGCGGCAAGGGCUUCACGCAGUCCUCGGUGCUGAGCGGCCACGCCCGCAUCCACACCGGGGAGCGCCCCUUCCGCUGUGCCCUCUGCGACCGCACUUUCAACAACUCGUCCAACUUCCGCAAGCACCAGCGCACCCACUUCCACGGGCCGGGGCCGGGACCGGGGCUGGGAGACUCUGGAAGCCAGCUGGCCUCGGGGGCCGAGGGGUCAGGGAGCGGGUGUGGCGCAGGAAACACUCUGGAAGAGGGACGUGGGGAGACAGCCAAGGCAGAAGACGUCCACCAGGUUCUCCGUGAAGAGACUCUGGGAUCCUAGCACCUCGAAGCCAGAGGGUCUCCAACUCAUAGCCGAGAGCACUCGAGCCUCAAGGAUGUGUAAGCCUGACCGUAGGGAUCUUGACUCCAAGAGCUGCUAUGCCCACUCCCAUGGUGGGCCCUCCUUCACCCACCCUGACUCCUCUUCAGAGGCAACUGAAAACCUGGACAGCAAACAGCCGCCUCAUAGCCGCCUCCUAAAGCGUUAGGCUCGGAGCCCAGGUCUACAAAAUAGCCUCAGGUUUCUCCAACUUCCUCCACUCCCAAUUUGAAGCAAACGGUUCACUGCCUGGUCCCAGGCCAUCCCAAGGACGGGCUGGCGGAUGGCGGCAUGGUGGUGGGUGUGGAAUGAGAGUCGAGUCACUGCGGUGGGGUUAAGAGGAGGACUUGGGAGCUGGAGGUGGGAAGCCUCCAGAUUUCUUUCUAUUAAAGGACUUUGACAAGCGUUU